AUAAUUUUGACACCGUAGCAUUUACUCAUCAACAAGGGUGGUGUUAGCCACGAAGUUCAACAAUGGUUUUUGAAUCUAUGGUCAGUGAUCUCCUGAAUAGGUUCAUCGGAGACUAUGUGGAAAACCUCGACAAGUCCCAGUUGAAGAUUGGCAUUUGGGGAGGCAAUGUUGUUCUGGAAAACUUGAAAGUUAAAGAAAAUGCUUUGAGUGAGCUGGAUGUUCCGUUUAAAGUGAAAGCUGGUCAGAUUGGAAAGCUGACGUUGAAGAUCCCUUGGAAGAACUUGUACAGUGACGCUGUAGUUGCAACGUUAGAUGGUCUGUAUCUGCUGGUGGUUCCUGGAGCAACGAUAAAGUAUGACGCCGCGAAGGAGGAGCGUUACCAGCAGGAGGCCAAGCAGAAGGAGCUGCAGCGCAUUGAGGAGGCGCUACUGAUGGCUGCUCGCAGAGAAAAGCCUCAGAAAGAUGAGAAGAAGGACACGUUUGCUGAGAAGCUGGCCACGCAAGUCAUCAAGAACCUACAAGUCAAGAUCACCAGCAUCCAUAUCAGAUAUGAGGACGAUAUAUUAGACCCCCAGCAGCCCGUCUCUAUGGGAGUCACCCUGGCUGAGCUGAGUCUACAGACGACCGAUGAGAACUGGAAGGGGUGUAUUCUGAACGAGGCAGCCAGAAUCAUCUACAAGCUGGGCCGUUUAGAAUGUCUGUGUGCCUACUGGAACGUCAACAGCCCCAUCUUCUAUAAAGGCUCCUGGGAAGAGAUACUGGUAAUGAACCUCUCUGUCUUUAUCAGGAAGAUAUACUGGUAA